GUAUUGCAUCCAGCUGUAGAGUCUCUAGACCUCCAAGGAUGUGAUAUUUCAGAUAAUGCAUUGUUGCAGCUUUAUAACUGCAAGCAACUGAAAAAAAUCAACUUAAAUUCUUGCAAAAACCCCAGAUUGGGAAUCACUUCAGAAGGUGUUAUAGCGCUGGCCUUAUCCUGUCCUUACUUGCGUGAGGCAUCUUUUAAAAGGUGCUGCAAUAUAACUGACAGUGGAGUUCUUGCCCUUGCAGUCAACUGCCAGUUCCUACAAAUAGUGAACUUGGGUGGCUGUUCAGGCAUCAUGGAUGCAUCUCUGCAGGCACUAGGAGAAAACUGCAAAUUUCUUCACAGUGUGGACUUUUCAUCUACUCAGGUAACAGAUGAUGGCGUUGUAGCACUAGUGAGUGGAACGUGUUCGAAGAAUUUAAAGGAAAUCCACAUGGUACGCUGUGUGAAUCUGACCGAUGUUGCUGUGGAAGCAGUCCUUACUUGUUGUCCGAAGAUCCACAUUUUCCUGUUCCAUGGAUGCCCGUUGAUAACAGAUCGUUCCCAAGAUGUUUUAGAGCAGCUAGUCAUAUCAAACAAAAUCAAGCAAGUAACAUGGACUGUUUACUGAUUAUUUAUCCUAUACGUAUGAGUGUAAAGUUUACAGAUGGGAGAGCUCUUUCAGAAAACAAACAUCUUGGAGAAAUCGCUGGUGACUUGUA